GGACCAAUCAGAACAUAGCAAUUUCCACGCUGAGUCAGCACCACGGAAACUUUCGCAGCCAUAAUCAUCAAACCUCACAACAUCCCAACUUCGACUCUUCGCUCCUGCAAAAGCGUUGAUUUCAGGUCUUUCGCUCUCUCCUUCGGCCCCAGGAAUCAGACUCCAUCUACGCCUCUUCUCUCCUCUCUCUCCCCGUCUUCUUCCAAUUACCUCGCCAUGUCCUUCCGAGCCACCCCACGGGCCGUCGUAGGCGCCGUCCGCUCCGUCUCGACUACAUGCUCGAAUUUUGUUGCACGAAGCAAUCAGGCCUCACCAAUUGCUUGCCUCAAUGCCCGUGUGCCUGUCAGCAGCCAGCUUGCGUCUCCCUCCAAGCAGCAGAUUCGCUCUGCCUCGGAACACGCCAUUGCCAACCCUCACCUCGCUGGAAUCGAGAAGCGCUGGGAAGCCAUGCCUCCUCAAGAACAGGCUGAAUUGUGGAUGAAAUUGAGAGAUCGAAUGAAGGUUGACUGGAAGGAGAUGACUCUACAAGAGAAGCGAGCUGCUUACUGGAUCGCCUUCGGUCCCCAUGGCCCCCGUGCUGAGACCCCCAAGGGCGAGGGUGUGAAGGUCUUCGUCCAGCUAAUGAAGUACGUCGUUAUCUCUGCUGGUAUUUUCUAUGUCACCCGUCUCUUCGCCGGCAGCCCACCAAAGACCAUGACCAAGGAAUGGCAAGAAGCCACCAACGAAUACGCUCUGGUACGUCAAUACAUUUAUAUAUAUCCUAUCAAUGGCCUGCAAACAUACACUGACAUACUAUCCACCACAACAGAAAGAGAAGCUCGACCCCAUCACCGGUAUCAGCAGUGAAGGGUACUCUGGAAAGGGUUUCGUACAGAGCGCACCAGCUGGCAAAUAGAUUCGAUAACAUAAUACGAAUUUCCGCAAGGGGAAAAGAAAAGAGAGUGCCUUCUAUAAGGUAAAGAUGAAGACCUCUCUUCCAUUUUUUUCGUCAGUGUGCCCCGGGGUUUUUUUCUACAUCCUCGGACCUCGCCUUCCAGAUCUACUCAACUUGUGCAAUAUCAGAGAAAAACAAUUAAAACUGUAUUAAUGGAAUCGAACAACUGUAUAGUCUUUUCAUUUCCCUCCUUUCCCUUCAUAUCUUUCCCCUUUUUCCCUCUUUCUUGUUCUCGGUCUGUCGGAAGGGAGGAGUGCAUUGUCUCUAUCUCCUAGCAUAUAUCGAUGCUGCACACUGUCAGAAGAUGGAGGGUCUGGACCUCUGCUUUUCUUCUCCUGAUGAUAUUUCCCCUUCCACCAAACCGUGCAUCCUCUCUGUUUCCUUUGCUGUUCCGUCGUCUGUCUGUACCUCAUGUUCUAUAUAUAAAGCAAGUGUUAUCCUUUCAUUAUCUCAACCCUCUUGUGGCUCUCACCCUUGAGUUUGAUUCCAUCACUGUAUCAUUAUCAUUUCAACGAAUUUAACAUCGAGUUCUAGACACCGGUACCUGUUCUACUUUGACCCAAAAAACUUCGCGUAGAAUUUGCAUGUACUCGCUGGGGGAUGGCAAAGGGGCGAUAUAAAUAGUAAUCGUACGAUUCUACUAAAACUAACUUAAGUAGUUGCUUAACUAGCUAGUUGCCAACGAUAUCCGCCCUUCGCCUAGAUCCCAGAAACAACUCCGUGGGUGCUGGACAGCUUUUUAUAAUCGAUCCUGCGCUGUAUACAAUAUUCUUUUCGCCCUAUUUAAUUAACUGUAGCAACUGGCCCGGACCUGCAUAACAUCGCCAGCUAAAAAGAAAUCGCUCACGAAAAGAUAAGUCCG